GUGAAAUCUUCUGACUACCCCAUGUUUGUAAGCCGAUACAAGUUCAUCAAGGUGAAGAAGCUUUAUCGCCUGAUACCCCUGGAGAUACAGCUGGACGAGCCCGAUGACAAAUCAUCAUCCCGAUCCCGAUCACGGAAAUCGCUAUCAAACCGUAAUGAACCCAAAUCAGGUUCAGCCUGUUUGGCUGUUGCUGGUGAGGCAGCUACCACGGAGAAACGAAGGCGGGCUUCCAUGGCCGCGGCCAGUUCGCUGGAGUUUGUGGAUGUCAACUACUUCAACUGCGACAACAAAGUGUCGCCCAUCAAGAUAGUAGGGGGUCGCAGCGUGGUGCGGCUUUCGGAGAAGAAAAAGAGAUAUUCCAGAGCUGAGGCAGAGGUUAAUGCCAACUACCUGACGGCUUCCCCUCUGACAGAAAAGAACGCUAAAGUGGAGACGCCCAAGUCCAGGGCGUCGGCUGCACGCCGUAACCUGAAUCUGAGUUUGGACAGAGGCGCAGACAGCGCAGCGGACUCGGACUGUCUGAAUUAUUCAAUAGUGCAGCAGACGCCGGACCCAAGGACACCCUCAAAUGAUAUGAAAAUCAAACUGCGCAUCUCGGAGCGAAGAAAGUCUGUGCGCCUUGCUUCGAUAGAUCACGAUCCACUAGCCGUUGACGAUCCCAAAGACACACCUACCACACAGGGACGCAAGCGACUUGGUGUCAACAAUGGGGACAUUUAUCACACUCCCACUAAGAAAGCGAGGGAAGCGCUGGACAUCAAUACCGGUGCACAGGAGACUCCCUCGACGCGACGGAAGAGCAUCCUUAAGUCGGCCACUAGUCGACUGGCUGAGGGCACACCCAGAAGAAGCAUCCAACUAUCCAACAUUGUGGAGCAGCGUGUGUUCAAAGACAAUGAAAUAAUAUCGACACCUAAAAGAGGACGCAAAACGAAGUCCACUGAGGACGCGGACGCAGACUACUCGCCAAGAUUUGUUCAGAAAACGCCCACUCGAGCGCGACGCAUAAGCGCCACUGCCAAGUCAACAGUGACCCCGAUUCGUGGCACCGCUGCAACUUCAGCUUCAGCUGCACCGAUAACACCUUCACAAAAGCUGAAGAAAAUACGCGCCGGCGAGCUCAGUCCCAGGGCAAGCCCGUGGAUGAAUCCCGCAAGUCCCAGCUGCAGCUGGCACGUGAGCAGCUACACGUCUCCGUUGUGCCCAAGAGCCUGCCGUGUCGCGAAAAGGAGUUCGAGAACAUCUACAGUUUUCUGGAGGGCAAGGUUCAGGACCAGAGCGGCGGCUGUAUGUAUGUAUCUGGCGUCCCUGGCACUGGUAAGACUGCCACUGUCACAGGAGUCAUUCGCACACUGCAACGCCUAGUCAGCCAGGACAAGCUAGCCGACUUUGAUAUCCAGAUAUACAAACAGCUCACUGGCAAGACUGUGUCUUGGGAGCAUGCUUACACACUGCUGGAGAAGCGUUUCAUCACGCCAGCACCGAGGCGCGUGACCACAGUUCUGCUAGUCGAUGAACUGAACAUAUUGUGCAACAGGCGCCAGGAUUUGGUCUACAAUCUGCUCGAUUGGCCGACCAAAUCAGCUGCCAGACUGGUUGUGGUCACUGAAAUUUAAGAAUAGUUUUUCUAAAUAACGAUACCGAAACAA